GGAAAUACAAUGCAGGACGGCCCCAGGACACCGAACAAUCAGCCUUCGGAUGGUUCUACCGAUAUGAAGGGAAGUUUCCAACCCUGAGGAAGAAAGGGAAAGAUCGUAAGAAAUCAAAAGCAGAGGAGAAUGUGUUUGAGCAGAGGAGGAGUAAGAAGGAGAUGGAGUUUGAGCAGAAAUUGGCCAAAGAGAAGGAGGAGAUGCUGGAGAAGGAGAAGCAGCUGAAGAUCAACCGCCUGGUGCAGGAGGUCUCUGAGACGGAGCGAGAAGAUCUGGAGGAGUCAGAGAAGGUCCAGCACUGGGUGGAGAGACUCUGCCAGACCCGCCUGGAGCAAAUCUCCUCUGCCGAGAGUGAAGCUCAUGAGGGGUCGGGGGCCGGGGUUCGCCCUUCUGCUUCUCCUCCUCCGGUGGCUCCAGGUUCCGGCACGGUACGCAGAUUUGUUGGCGGCCUGCAGCUUCACACCACGGACCUGGAUGAUGUGGAGAACAGUGGUCGCCUUGUAAAGCGUCCUGCCCCCCCUCCUCCGCAGUCCUCCAUGCACCUGUCUGCCUCCCCCCCGCACCAGACUGCCUCCCCCAAUAUCACCAUGAUGAGAAGGAGCGCUCCGCCCGCGCCCACCCUCCCCUCCAGGGCGUCUCCUAUUCAGCCAACAUGGAUGCAUCUGCCCUCUCCUGCAGCUCCGCCUCCAGUGCCACCGCCAUCUCCUCGCCCACCACCGCCCUUCUCUGAUGAGCUAAGAAACUACAGAGGAAGAAGAGCGCUCAGGUCCUCCAACCCCGAACCGGCUUAUCCCCCCAGCCCCAAGGUCGUCAGAAACCCGUCAAAUGUCAGUAAGAUCUCCUCCUCCUCUAGCAAUCCUCUGCAGAUGGCUCCGAGUCCUCCCACCCAGCGCCGGCCGGCCGUGCCCAUCCCCUCCAAACCUGUCAUGUUACCUCCUGACGCCAACUUCAUCCUCAGACCGGCUGUGAAGGCGGAGCCUCUGCCACAAGAGAUGCUGAAGCGAAUGGUCGUCUACAACUCAUCCUUCCGAUCCAACAAGAGACAAGGAUUCCAGAAGUACGUAGAGGACUUUGACCCCUACACAAUGUUCACUGCGGAGCAGAUCGCAGGAAAGGACGUCCGGCAGCUACGAAUAAAAAAGGAGGGGGCGCUGGACCUGGCGGUGGAAGGCGGCAUUGAAUCUCCAAUUGGGAAAAUCGUGGUGUCUGCGAUAUACGACGGGGGCGCAGCUGACCGUCACGGGGGCAUCGUGCAGGGGGACGAGAUUCUGUCCGUGAAUGGGAAGAUCCUGAUGGACGUGACCUUAUCGGAGGCGCAGAGCACGCUGUCCAGAGCCUGGGGCUCCGGGGGGGAUUGGAUUGACCUGGUUAUAGCCGUUUCUCCUCCAAAGGAAUAUGAUGAUGAAGUGACAUUAUUUUAAAGGAGAACAUAUGUGCCAGACACCACUAGAGGAAAACUGAUCUCUGCUCCAGACACCACUAGAGGAAAACUGAUCUCUGCUCCAGACAUUACUAGAAGAAAACUGAUCUCUGCUCCAGACAUUACUAGAAGAAAUCUGAUCUCUGCUCCAGACAUUACUAGAAGAAAUCUGAUCUAUGCUCCAGACAUUACUAGAGGAAAAUUGAUCUCUGCUCCAGACAUUACUAGAGGAAAACUGAUCUCUGCUCCAGACACCACUAGAGGAAAACUGAUCUCUGCUCCAGACAUUACUAGAAGAAAUCUGAUCUCUGCUCCAGACAUUACUAGAAGAAAUCUGAUCUCUGCUCCAGACAUUACUAGAAGAAAUCUGAUCUCUGCUCCAGACAUUACUAGAGGAAAAUUGAUCUCUGCUCCAGGCAUUACUAGAAGAAAUCUGAUCUCUGCUCCAGACAUUACUAGAAGAAAUCUGAUCUCUGCUCCAGACAUUACUAGAAGAAAUCUGAUCUCUGCUCCAGACAUUACUAGAAGAAAUCUGAUCUAUGCUCCAGACAUUACUAGAGGAAAAUUGAUCUCUGCUCCAGGCAUUACUAGAAGAAAUCUGAUCUCUGCUCCAGACAUUACUAGAAGAAAUCUGAUCUCUGCUCCAGACAUUACUAGAAGAAACCUGAUCUCUGCUCCAGACAUUACUAGAGGAAAAUUGAUCUCUGCUCCAGGCAUUACUAGAAGAUGCCUGCUUCAGAGAUGGUAGUAUGAUGUGUUUCGUCCACAGAUCAGGAAUAUAUUUCCGUACACAGGAGCAGACACCGGCAGUGACACUUUUCUGAAAUUAAAAAAUAAUAUUAAUAAAAAUAUCAGAAUCUGU